AUGAAAAUUACCUACCAAACUCUUGCAUUGCGAUUUCUAAUUAUCUCCUUCCAAAGCUCUUCUUCUACCAUUUCCAAAGAUCUUCUUCUACAAUUUGCAGCCCCGUUUAAGCGAAAUUCAAGCGUAAUGGCAAUGUCUCCGCAAGACGUAGGUCCACGUGAUAUUGGAGCUAUUGAUGAUUCAGGCAGAAUGGACACACCCAUAAAUCCCGUAAAUAUGAAUGAAGAAGCACCAUCUCUUGGAGAUGAAGAAUUUGGGAGCGAUGAAGAGGAGGUAGAAGUUGGCACUAAUGAAGUGGCUGCCCCAGAUGAUGGUUUAGAGUCUUUAGACCCAUUUCGACAAAAAAAGAGAGCUAGAAAGUCUGUAGCAUGGAAGGAUUUUCAAGAUGUAGUUGUCGGAUCGGAAAAAACUCUCAUGUCAGAAUGUAUUCAUUGCCAGAAAAAAUUCAUGAAAACCAAAACUAGUACAACUACUAGUUUGUUGAGGCAUAUGAAUGUAUGUCAGAAGAGAUUGGCAAAGCUGAAGAAACCGAAGCAACAAAAGAUAAAUUUUCCAGUAGGUGACUCUAGCACACAUUCAUAUCUUCAUACUGGGCAAUUUGACAUGGCUGAAAGUGAAAUCGGCUCAGGAGAUCUUGUUACCUAUAAGUUGAUUAAUCAUUUCAGGCUUGACUAUAUUUUGGAAGUAUGCUUGGCCCAGUUUGGUGGAGUGGAUAAAGCGGGGAAUAUCGAAAUUCCAGUCACUAUAUAA